CUUUCCUCUCUCAUCACGUGACACUGGUACGUGCGCUUAUCGUGGAGCUCCAAGCUCAAAAUAUCGCGACGCGACGUGAAUUGCGCGAUUCAACUCCUCACCUUCAAUGCGACCAGGGAUGCGCGAUGAUGCGGCGCUUCAUGGGCAUCAUUUGGCCAAGCAGUCAGCCCACUAUCAAGCAGGAAGCUGAAGAGAACGAAGCUCCUGAUGCGCAUGAAGAGCAUGAGGCAACGGGCAAUGUUGAUAUGGGUAUGGAAGAUAUGAUUGCAAUUGCGAAGGCGCAGGAGGAGGGCGAGGGGAAUGGAGAGGGCGUCGAUGAAGGCGGGGAUGAGCGGGCUGUGAGCGGAACAGCGAAGGCGGGAAAGAAAGGGAAGAAAGGCAAGAAGAAGGGAGGGAGGGUACGAAGAUCCAAGGAUUUGUUGAAGGAGUCGGAGGAACAGGGCGAAGAGCAAUUGGGUGGGGAGGGUGCGAAUGGUGAUGUCGACGAGGAGGUGCCGGAACUCGUCGAAACUGUGCAUGAAGCUAUGAAUGCGACCAUGGGCGCCAAUCUCGACGUUCACGAAUAUACAGAGAAGUCGAAGAAGAGGGGAGGACCGAAUGGUACGACUAAGAAGCGGAAGCGGAAAUCGGGAGAUUCAGAUACGCCGAUUGAGCUUGAGGGGGCUGUGCCAGAGGAAGAUGUUUCUAUGCUGGUUGAGUUCAAGACGGCAGAGAAUAAAGGCAAGAAUACAAGAUCAAGAAAUUCGCGCGGUGCUCUUAUGGAGGAAGGCGCCAACGAGGAUGAGCCGACACAACUCAGGAGCAAGAAUAAUCCUGUGCAACACGUACCGACCCAGGAUGUGAUUGCAGAGGAUGGAGAGGAAUUUGUUCCUGCAGACCUUGUUGGAUUGCCAAAUAAGCUGAGACGAGCGAAAAAGAAAGCUAAAAUGUCUCCACACAAGUCAAUUGAGGCCGUCAUUGCCACCGCCGCUAUGGAGGACGACAACGAUUCAGCUGCAGCUCUUCACAGACCCCUCACCCCAGCACACAUGGACCAUCACCAAACCAGUUUAAAUGCACAAGAAGAAGCGGUGGCCCAACUCCAGAAGGGUGUCGAUCGAAGAGUCUCCGCUGAUCCCGAAGAGGAACUAGAGACAACACCGAAAAAGCCAUCGCAGAAAGCUUUGGGAAAGCGGAAGGCGUCAGAUAUCGGCGUCAGUACCAGCAAAAAGCGGAAGACGCAGAAAGACAGAGCUGCGGGUGCACCUGAAUUGAUGUCCUUUGGUUUCUCUGUAUCCUCGGAGCCUCAACGCAGGGCAACACCAAUGUUUACACCUAUCAACGGACCAAGAGCAUCGAUCCUGCCGCCUUCUGAUCAAAGACCACCUGUUGACCCUCUGGCUGACGAUGACUCUGACGAUGAUGAAUAUGUACCAGAACCUGCCGUUCCCAAAUCUAGUGAACGGAAAAAGAAGCGUCGCCUUCCAGUCGGCGAUUAUGAGGCAAAUCCCAAGACGCCUCAAAAGAAGGGACCUCGAAACUCAAAAACGCCAAAGUCGGCCAGCAAAACUUCUCAGCCCAGAGCUCCUGCAACUACUGGUAGAGGUCGACUUUCGAUCGGGGAGAUCGAGGCUAUUACCACUGCCGUGGAAACCUACAGUUAUCAGAACGAUUUAACUCAAGUUGAGAUCAACGAUUUGAUUCAAAAGGGCGCCAAAACAGAUGAUUUAGGGCUGUGGAAACACAUCUAUGAAGAGGUCCCGAAUAUACCUCGCCGCCAAAUCCAGCAACUGUGCCGACGGAAGUUCCACAACUUCGAAGCUCGAGGUUCAUGGACUGAUGAACAAGAUCAAGAACUUCGCGAGGCAUACGAGAAGCAUCCUAACAAGUGGAAGCAAAUCGGCGAGACGGUGCACCGAUUUCCGGAAGAUUGCCGAGAUCGGUGGAGGAAUUAUCUUGUUUGCGGUGAUAAUAUGCGGAAAGACGCGUGGGAUAAGGAAGAGGAAGAGCGGUUCAAGGAGGUGGUUCAAGAGUGUAUCGAGAUGGUUCGUGAGAUGAAACGAGUCUCUACGGAUCCCCGUGAUAAGGCCAAAUCUGACGACAGUCUGGUUGAUUGGAAUGUCGUCAGCCAAAAGAUGGACCACACCAGGAGUCGACUUCAAUGCAUCAAUAAAUGGAAGAAGAUCAAGGAUCGAGAGGAAGUUGUUGUCGAUGAUCCAGUCUUGGCUAAGCCCAUCAGCGAGACGUGGAGAAUUGAGGAAGCAGAGCAUGUCGCGCGCAAAAUGAAAGCUAAAGAGAAACUUCUGCUUCUUUACUCUGUCCGGGAAAGCGGUGCAGGUCGAGAAGGCAAGAUUCCCUGGAAACGUGUGCAGGAAGAUGUCCCUGGCAAGCCACGUAAGAUGGCAAUGAGGGUUGCCUUUCGUCAAAUGCGUCAGCACAUCGAGGACAACGAAGACAUGGCGCUGCAAGACAUUGUCGACGUUCUCAUCGACGCUUUUGAGGCAUCCGUUCCGUCCGAACCCCCCGGAUUUGAUGACGAUUUCGAGCGUUUCAGGUCUUCUCAAAAGGUUUUGUCAAAGAAGAAGAAGAACAAAAGCAAAGAUGAAGUCGAGGUUGAGUCUUCUUCGGAUGGCAAUAGCGAAGGUCCAAACACCAUAACAAAACCGAAGCGAAAGACGAGGUUGAGUGAGAAAUACGUGGUGGACAAAGACAACGAGGAAGAUGAUAUCUGGGCAACUCCAAGAGACGAACAGCCGUCCACGUCGAACUCCAAGCGCAGAAAGACGUCCUCGAGCCUGCAAGCUGAGGGCAAUCAGGCGGGUAGCUCUGUUACAAAGAACAAGCGGAAACUGCGAGAGCGUAUGAAGAGCAUUGGUCAAAGCCAGGGUCAAAGUCAAGAGAGAGAUGAUCAACGUGACUCGGAGGUCAGCGAUGUCCAUACCGCGUUGGAGACUCUCAAGACUGGUAAUUCAAGGGCGCGACGUGCUGCUGCAAAAGAGGCUACCAAAUCGAAGAGUAAUCCCUUUCGGAGUGACGAGCGAGUCGUUGAGAAUGACGAGGAAGAGCAACCCCGGAAUGAACAGCCAUAUGCAGUACGGGCUGCCAAAGCGAAACACGAUCCUUCUUUGGGCAAGCGUUUUCCGAGCGAGGAGCGAGGCGUUGAGAGCGAUGAGGAAGGGCGGCCUGCGAGUGAUGAGGAACAGUCUUCGAACGACGCCAUAGAAGUCGACGAGCAACCAGCUGUGGAUGAAAAAGGGCGGCCAGUGAUCGAGGAAGAACAGUCCGCGAACGAAGACAUGGCAGUCCAUGUAGAGGAAUCAAUUUUGGACGAAGAACUUCAAUAUGAAGAGCCAAUUGCGAAUGGAAAACCGAUCGAGAACGAAGAAGAACAAUCUGCGGAUGAGGAAGAGCCACCUGUCAAUUCAGAAUUGUCCGAAAACGGGGAAGAGCCAUCAGUAAAUGAAGACCUUGAAGCUGACGAGGACGAGAUGGAUUUGGAUAGGCACGAUACAACAAUUGUCCCAGAGGUCUCUGGGGCCGAUGAAGAAGAGCUGCUUGCGGACGAAGAGACACCGUCUGAGAAUGAAGAUGAAUCGAGAACGAAGAAGAGAAUACAAAUCAUCAUGACAAUGAGAGCGUUGAUCUGGAUGCAGCGCGCCUCAUCUCUGCAGAUGAAGAGCCUAUUGCGGAUGGAGAACCUACUACGAAUGGCUUGUAUAAUGAGGUUGAGAAUCAAGGCUCGGACGCGGAGACCGACUUCCACGGAUUCCAAGAAGACGUAGGAAGUGAUACUCCCGUACAAUCAGAUCACAGGAAGAAGGUGGCUUCGCCAGUGCCAUUUGAGAAGGAGCCACCAAAGGUCAAUGGUCUUACGAAUGGCCAUAGGCAAAAACAAAUCGAGGUGGAGGAGCGAGUAUCCUCCGAUGACGAUGAUAUGUCUGAUAUCCCGGCCAAGAUUGCGCCGAAGGUCAAGGUUCUUGAGACGAAAAAAGGGAAGAGGACAAAGAAAGAGAAAAAGUCCAAGUCGAAGAAGCAGAAGAGACCUGUGGGGUUCCGUUGAUUGCACCUGAGAGUUUGCAUAGGAAU